CAGGGUAUUACACAGGCGAAGAAAUAUCAGCGAGAACUAAAAAAAUGAUCGUGACGGAUUCUGUCUCCGUGUUUGCGGAGGGAACAUUCGAGGAACAGAUCCAGGAACUCGUAGAAUACGCCACGCGUGGUAGGCCCGAUGAUGAGCGCGCCUCAGUAUUGCAAUCUUUCAAGAACAUUGUGGGCGCAGAGGGAGACGAAAAGCCAGUGGAGAUUGAUACUAAUCAUCGGCAAUCAGCUCUCAAGCUAGUUCUCGAUAACACGAAGGGGGUAGGAGAGGGAACGGAGCAAGAGAUCGAGGGAUUCUUCAAUCUGCUAUUCUCACACCUGCUCACCUUGUGGCCCGACCCCUCCCCAGAAAUACGUCAACAUGUAGCAUCGCUCUUGAGCGUCCUUUCUGUGUCACCUUCUGAGCAAUCAUCAAUAAAAUAUCGCGUACUGUCAAAUUUGUUCAACGCCACGCCGAGAACAUCUGCCCUUCGCCCUCCCAUAUAUACCACCCUUCUGGAACUCGCUAUAUCCAACAACCAACUCGACGUCGUGUCGUUCUCAAAACCAGAUAUUGAGCGGUGGCUUAAGGAAUGGAGUGUUUCUGACGAAGAAAAAAGCCAAUUUCUCAAAUUUAUUGUGGACAUACUGGUUCAAUCUGGUCGACCGUAUGUCUGCCACUCUUUCUUUUGCUUCCUGUCUCUCAUUCAUCGUCUUUGCGAAAGAGAAAAAGCUUAUGAGUAUAGGUUACUGUAUGUACAGUCCCUUCCCCUAUCGUCCGAACUUCGCCAGUCGGCAGCAGUCGAUGCCAUCGCUGCCGCCCUUCGUCAACCAACGGUCUUCGACUUCGAACCGCUGUGCAAGCUAGAGGCCGUGAUAGCUGCAAAAGACCACGAACUUUUCCCCUUGCUUCAGAUAUUCCUCAACAGUGGGUACCCAGAGCUGACAACCUGGGCGGAUAACAACAUUGCUGUCCUCGAUACUUACGACCUCAACCGGUCAGAAUUGGAGCGGAAAAUCCGGCUCCUUGCGUUCUCAUCCCUUGCUUUCGACUACAUUGGCCGUGACCUCUCGUACUCGCAAAUAGCUUCUACUCUGCAGGUUAGUUCAUCAGAAGUAGAAAAAUGGUCCAUUGACGUGAUCCGUGCCGGUUUGGUUUCUGGGAAACUAUCUCAGGCGACCCAAACACUUCACGUAUUUCGCUCUUCUGCACGCAAAUUCGAGCGCGAACAGUGGGAGGCGCUCGAGAAACGGCUUCUUUCCUGGAAAACUGGGCUUGCCAGUAUUAUCGAAAUAGUUGCAAAUGCCCAAAGAUGGGGAAGUGCGGGCGACAUCGCCGAGGCUAUCAAGGGCGAAUAGGGAACUCAUGUCGAGAGCACGGCUUAACUUGAGCUAUGCAUUUAAAAAUUGAAGUUGCAUAGCUAAUUACUUGUCAUUAAUUCGUUUCGGUUUGAGGUUCCCAUAGUCGGAUAAUUGC